GGAACAAAACGAAUCCAGUGGUGGCUCGCAGCGUCCCUUUCUUCGCAAAAAACCCGUAAAAUAACCGUUCGAAUUUGCACUUUGAGGGCAAUAUUCGACAGGCGGUCAACGUUUCCAACGAUGGAGUCAGAAAAUGACGUUUCCAUCGAAGAAAAAAAGGCUGCCCAGGAAGCAAUUCCCAGCGGUGGUGCCGAAUCGCCAAGAAAGUCCCGUUCUCGAUCACGUUCCGUAUCGCAGGCGGGUAGCCGUUCCGGGGGCAGUCGCAGCCCAAGUGCCGAGGGCUCGGUAAAGUCCCGGUCCAGGUCGCGCUCGAAAAGUCGAGAAGCAUCACGCAGUCCCAGUCCGGCAGGUUCGCGCAAGUCCAGGUCUAGAAGUGGAAGUGCGAAGGGGGUAAAUAAGAGUGUUGAAUCGGCACGGCGAUCAAAAUCACCGGAGGCAAGUCCGGUGAAGAAUGGUGAUGAGGUGGGGAAUAAAGCACGGUCCCGUAGUGGAUCACCGGUGGUAGAGAGGAAAAGUCGCAGCCGCAGUGUGGGAUCUAACCGAUCGAAGCGAUCCCGCUCGGGAAGUGGCGGAAAGGAGGUGGCCAAGUCGAAAUCGAGAUCCAGAUCUAGAUCGAAGUCCGGUUCGCGAUCGAAGAGUCGUUCCCGUUCUAGAUCCGGCAGUCGUUCCAAAUCGAGGGCUAGAUCGGGUUCUCGAUCAAAAUCCCGGUCCCGUUCGCGGUCCGGAUCCAGAUCGAAGUCUCGUUCGAGAUCGAAGUCUGGGUCAAGAUCUAGAUCCCGGUCGAGAUCCGGCUCCAGAUCGAAAUCACGCUCGCGAAGUCGGAGUCGUUCAGGCAGCCGCAGUCGUAGUCGAAGUGCGGGUUCAGCUCGGUCCAAGUCCGGAAGCCGCAGUCGUAGCCGGUCGGGAAGUCGCGCCAGUUCGCGUCGCAGUCGCAGUCGAAGCCGGAAGUCUGGCUCUGGAUCUAGAUCUCGUUCGCGUUCAAGAUCCCGUUCGAAAUCUGGAUCCAGAUCAAAGUCACGAUCGAAGAGUCGCAGUCGUUCUGGCAGUCGCGCUAGUUCCACUAAACGCAGUCGUAGUCGAAGUUCCGGCAAAUCGCGUAGCCGUUCCAGAUCCAGAUCUAAAUCCGGCAGCCGUGCGGUGUCGCCUAGCACCAAAAAGAAACGCACAGGGGUAUUCAGCGAUUCGGAAGAUGAUGACGGUGUCGACAAAACUCCAAAGAAGCGAGCCAAGAUUACGGACUCUGAUCACGAAGGAGAGGAUCUGGAAACAGAGGCAGCCGAAACGGAAGCUAAACCCGAGGGAGCCGAGGAAGAGCUACAAACCAGUGCGGAUCGGCCGCUGGUUGAUGCCGGAGACUCGGAUGAUGAAGGAGUUCGCGAGGGAGGCGGUGGAGGAUUUGUUUCGGACUUCGAACUGAUGCUGGCUCGCAAAAAAGAUGAAAAAUCAAAACGUCGCAAACGGAACGAUAUCGACUUGAUCAAUGACAAUGACGAUCUGAUUGCCCAACUGUUGCAGCAAAUGCGCCACGCUGCCGAAGAAGACCGGAUGCUGAACAAGGAAAAUAAACCGGCCACCAAGAAGAUUGCAAUCCUCAAGCACGCCAUGUCGCAGCUAAUCAAGAAGGACCUCCAGCUGGCGUUCCUCGAACACAAUGUACUCAAUGUGCUGACGGAUUGGUUGGCGCCAUUGCCCAACAAGUCACUGCCCUGUUUGCAGAUCCGGGAAUCGAUCCUGAAGCUGCUCUCGGACUUCCCCUGCAUCGAAAAGUCCUACCUGAAGCAGUCAGGCAUUGGAAAAGCGGUGAUGUAUCUGUACAAGCACCCCCGAGAGACGAAAUGGAACCGCGAAUGUGCCGGACGACUGAUAUCGGAAUGGGCCCGACCAAUCUUCAACCUCAGUACGGACUUCAAGGCAAUGACCCGCGAAGAACGCCAGGAGCGGGACCUGCUGCAGAUGCCCAAGCAGAAGCGCAAAGCCGCACCGGAACAGCAAGGGCAAGGCAGCUCCGGCUCGAAGAAGGGACUGCCGUUCACCGAAGCGGAUAAGGGUGCUCUCCGUCCGGGAGACAAAGGUUGGGUGCAGCGGGCUCGUGUUCCCAUGCCAUCGGAUAAGGAGUACAUCGUACGACCGAAAUCGACCAGCGAUAUCGACAUGAGUCGGGUCACCAAGAAGAAGAUGAACCGCUAUGAGCAGCAUCUGAAGAAAUUCAUUGACGCCAAGCGACUUAAGUCGAGCCGGCGGGCCGUGGAAAUUUCGAUUGAAGGUCGAAAAAUGGCACUGUAGAAUGGUGGUAACAUCCUGCUCCUACGACUCCCCUCACCCUUUCCUCAUCUCCUUCAAGUAGGUAAUUUUUAAUAUUGAUUUAUUUAACAUUAAAGACCACAGGCACUCUAGUGUGUAGGUUACGUAUGCCUAUAAUAAUUAAUUAAUUAUUCAGUAAAAAUCCACUAGAAAUGCGUGCUCACAGUGUAACCAAUCAAUUUUAGCCGUAAAUUACUCGAAAUGGAUCAGAACAAAUAGAAUCAUUGAUAACCGAAGAAUUGGUGAUGUUGGAAGCAACGUUUGUUUCCUAUAUAAAUGACUACUGCUGGGUAUAUUUUCUACUUUGAAGACUUGCUUUUAUGUUUCCAAACAACAGCACACAGAAUAUACGCCGUGAACUACCGCA